AUGAAGUUAAGGGACAAGGCUAGGCCUUUCCUUCUUUGCCAGGUUGUGUCAGGGAGAACAGCAUCAUUUUGGCUUGAUAACUGGACUCAUGGUGGUGAUUUGCUUACCAUAACGGGGCCCUUAGGUCCGCAAAUUUCUGGCAUCUCCAUUGAUGCUUCUGUUUCUUCUGUGGUUACUGAAAAUGGCUGGAAUGUCUCGAGAAGAAGCAGGAAUCCCACCCUUUCUGUUUUGAGAGCAAAUUUGCCAGAUCAAAUACCGGAUAUUGAGUCAACUGAAGAGGAUUAUUUUAUGUGGAGGAAUGAAGUCGCGGCUCCACCUUCUCAUUUCUCACUUCCUUUACUUUGGAGGACUUUAUACCCCGAUCCUCCACCGGUGAUUUGGGCUUCAUUGGUUUGGUUUAAAAAGAGAAUUCCUAAGCAUGCCUUUAUUACUUGGUUGGUUUUGAGGAACAGAAUGGCGACGAGAGAUAAGCUCAGGAGUUGGGGUUUGCAAGUUCCAGCGGAAUGCUUGCUGUGUGGAAGUGCGGAUGAAACGGCUCCUCACCUUUUCUUUGAAUGUAGAUACGCUCAGGAAAUUUGGCAUGGGUUAAUGGAUGGGACAUGGAUGAACCUUCCAAUCAAGCUGGAGGAAAUGGUGGAUUGGUUCCAACAGCUUAGAGGAGAGAAGAGGUUUAAGACGAUUACAAAGAUCAUUUUUCAGGCAGUGAUCUAUUUUGUGUGGAAGGAGAGGAAUGGUAGGCUUCAUUCCAAUGGACAAAAGACCCCGGCUAGAGUGAUAAAAGAGAUAAAGUUGUAG